GCGUGGACAGCCUGCGUCCUCGACAAGACCCCUUCCAGGCGGCUUUGGAAGCAAACUACACUGCAGAAUGUGAGAAAGCUCGAAAACGUGCAGAGCGUUUUGGCGUCGAGUACAAGGCGCCCGAUAAGGCAGUGUUGUUCGCGGCAGAAACCAAACGCGCGCAAAGAAUGCGUCAAGACGAAGGGUUUUACGUCACCAUCGACCUGGAUUCGGAGGCAGAGAGGGCCAAACAACAAGCGCGUGGGGAGCGGUGGGGUCAUUCGGAAACCUACGUGAAAGCCAAGGACGAUGCAGAAGAAGCCGCCAAGAAAGCAGAACGGGCCGCUCGGUUCAAUUUACCCACUGCGCAGGCCGUGGGUGGGAUUCUGAGAAAAAUGGGGCUAAACCCUCGUUACAUGUAUUUGGCCGACGCCACGCGCCGGGACCCGGGGCGCCAAGCGUCGUCCACAUCGGGACAGGGAGGGGACAAGACGUUGCCGGGCUUCAUGGGGGACAAGGACGGCGCGGGCUUGAGUCUAUCCAAGGGCCUCGUUUCCCCUCCGGAGGAACGUCUGGAGGAGACGAAGGUGCACAUGCACGCCUUGGACAAGGAAUGUUUUCGGGCCAUGCGCAGCGGCGACGUGCUUCGGUUUUUCAACGAGUUUUUCCCACGGUGUAGGUGCUGGGAGGGAAAGGG